UAUUUUUUUUUUCUCGGGGGGCUGGCCAUUGGAAACCGUGGCAAACAUAUCUCCCCCCUUCUUCCCUCCUCCCCAUGCGAAGUAGCUGCGGUCUUUCUGCUGCAGCCCAACUCGCUCUGCUGCCAUCUUUGCAACAGACCUGCAACCAUGGCGCCCCUCACAGAGAAGGACGUCGACUUCCCGCCGACGCCUCCACAGGCGAAGUCGACCAUUGAGUCGCUGGGCGACGAGGUUGGCGUUAAGAUCACCACUUCUCCCACCAUCUACAACCCUCCUCUGCCCGCCGACGGCCCUGGAGCGGCAGACUUCUCCAAUGGCCUGCUCAUCUCGCUGCUCGUCGGCGCCCCGACCUUCAUCGCCUGGAAGCUCGGAGGCGGCCUCAAGACCACCAUCUUCUUCUUCCUCCUCACCGCGAUCCCCAUCCUGAUCGCCUACUGGACUUUCACGUCCAACUUCAGCCCGCGCGUCAACGACAAGGUCAAGCUGCCGGGCCGCCCCCUCGACUUCUACCUGACCUUCAAGAGCCCCGCCGACAAGGCCCGCUACGGCGCCCGCGGCGCCAAGAUCGCCCAGGAGACCUUCCAGGAGAUGUACUUCAACGGUGAGGUCGACGUCAAGGGCGACAUGCUCGAGGUGCUCGAGUACCGCCACGACUGGACCACCUUCAACUUCACCGUCAACACGUUCAAGUUCCUCUUCUUCACCUUCUUCCCCGACGUGCUCUUCCACACGCGCGCCCAGGACGAGGACCAGGUCCGGGACACAUACGACCGCGGUAACGACUUCUACGCCUGGUUCCUGGGCCCCCGCAUGAUCUACACCUCGGGCAUCAUCUCGGACCCCACCCGCGAGGAGACGCUGGAGGAGCUGCAGGACAACAAGCUGUCGGUCGUCAUGGAGAAGAUUGGCCUCAAGGAGGGCGACCGCCUGCUCGACAUUGGCUGCGGCUGGGGCACCCUCACCCGCUUCGCUUCGGUCAACUACGGCGCCAAGGUCACGGGCGUCACCCUCGCCCGCGAGCAGGUCGCCUGGGGUAACGCCGGCCUCCGCGCCGCGGGCGUGCCCGAGGAGCAGAGCAGGCUGCUGUGCUGCGACUACCGCGACAUCCCCAACGCCGACAAGUUCGACAAGAUCACCGCCCUGGAGAUGGCUGAGCACGUCGGCGUCCGCCGCAUGGUCACCUUUUGGCGCCAGGUCUCGGACCACCUCGUCGAUGACGGUGUGCUCUACGUCCAGGUCUCGGGUCUGCGCAAGGCUUGGCAGUACGAGGACUUCAUCUGGGGUCUCUUCAUGAACAAGUACAUCUUCCCCGGCGCCGACGCUUCUACUCCCCUGGGCCCUUAUGUAGACCAGCUCGAGGCUGCCGGAUUCGAGAUCAAGAGCGUCGAUACUGUUGGUGUCCACUACUCUGCCACCCUCUGGAGAUGGUACCGUAACUGGCUCGGCAACAAGGAGAAGGUUCAGGCCAAGUACGGCGACAAGUGGUACAGGAUUUGGGAGUACUUCCUUGCCUCGUCCGUCAUUGCCUCUCGUCAGGGCAGUGCCACCUGCUUCCAGCUUGUCUGCGUCAAGAACAUCAACUCGACCCACCGUAUUGAUGGUGUCACGACGCAGCACGGCCUUUCUGGCGCGCUCGCUGCCGCCAAGGCCGUUGGAAAGUCGGUCCUGCCGCCCUUGAAGAAGUAAAGCAAGUGCAUGGCGUAACAACCUCACUUGUUCAACGCGUCUUCCGAGCCGGGCCGAGCUUCUCCGGGAUGCGAAGCUCGUCUCCUACGGCGCAAUGCUGUACGCUCAUCUCGCGCCGAGAUUCGCGAGCGAUCUAGCCAACGGCCUCACUGGGUGGGGCCGCGGUAGCAAAAAGUGCUGGCAGUAAUAUGUACACAUAGAGGCGGUAACGAUGGCCCUCCUGGUUUUAGAGGGGGGGCGGGGAUUAAUUGAGUGGAGAGGCGCAGUGAUUUGCGCCGAAGAUGAAGA